ACUUGGUGAUGGUCCCUUUAUUGCAAUAUUAUCUAGUUUGUAAUAUUCGCGUAAUCAUACUUUUGAUUAUGCACUGCAUUACACUUUAUUGUGUUAACUACUUUAUGCUCUGGAUUGAAUUGAUAAUAAUGAGAUUGUAUCCCUGAACAUGUAUCCCUAAGUAGGGAGGUUGAUUAGGACUUGCCUUUAGAUGACUUUGAUUACUAAUAAAGAACGUUUUGGUUCAAAUUCAUUCACAUCAUUAUUAUCUUACGAUGGCUUUCGUCAUUAAGUUGGCUUUGUAACGUCAUCUUAUGAUGGGGGUUAUAUUGUAUGAUUAGUGGUGGUCAGCACAUUACGACCUCGUAACUUGUGAUUAUUGGGGUCAGGGUGUGUCAGCGAGGAAUUCUUGUGUUUGGGAUGGCUCCUCUAACUUACAAGAGCUUCUGCAUGGAAUUUUGAGUUGGGACACCAAUUUCCAGUGAAUGUCGUUAGGUAGUCUUCUAAAUAGCCCCACAAUCCAAGUACUUAAGACCGAUAAACAAUUAAAAUUGAAUUUCGAUGCUGCUACUAAACUUGCAAAUGGUAAUGCUCAUGGUUUAGCUACUAGUGUGGAUGAGAUUAAACUACACUAAACAGCCGCACAUUUCUUUCAUUUCCAAUGAUUUAGUUUGUUUUGAGAAUCCUCCUAAUAUCAUACAUAAUCUUUUCUUUCACGACCCCAGUUGUGAAAUGUGGUUGUAUUUGACUCGAAUAAAAAUUUAUAUCAAAGAAACCUUUAAAUGAUAUAAAAUCACUAAUUAAUGUGACAAUUUAUAAUCACUCGUCUUAUUGAAUCAAAUAUUAUAACCGUCACAUUUUGAGUGCGGCCAAAAACAAAUAAAACAAUACGAACUUGCAAUAUCGAGUCGGGAGCAUAGGUGGAAAGUGUUAGCGAACGACAUUUAUAACAUGCCGUUCAGGAAGCUCAGGGAAGAAACGCAACGCACCAGUCCGUCUCCCGUUUUUGAUAAACGGGACACCCGUCUCGAGAAGCGUUGAAAACCCAAACGGACCACAAGCCCCCCCCCGUUCGCCCCAUACGAGCGUGAACCCACUCACCAACUCCUGGAGUGCUCGAAGCACUCUCCCAACACACGCGCGCCGCAUGAGCGCGUGGUAAAUACCGAAACCUGAAGGGCUCCUGGGCGCAACGUCGUUUGAAGCAGAGUGAGGGCGUCCCUGUUUAUCAAAAAACAAAGUGGGCGUCCCGAUCCUUUCUUUAACCUUCAAAAUUUUCCCUCACUUUCCAUUUCUGGGAUCAAAAUCUCUAAUUUUACUUUCAAAUAUAUGGGAUUUAGUUUUUCCAUUUACAGGAAGGUAUGUUUGUGCUGGAGGUGAAAUUUUUGGGUCUGUAAGUGCAAGUUUUCACUGACCUAGGAAUUUGCUGGCUGGGAUUUCCAAUCAGUAAUGGAAACUCAGAGUCAAACUGAGGUUACCAGGCAGAACAAGAUGCUUCCUCCACAACCUGGAACAUUUGAAGAUCGUGAAGACCUCGUCAAAUAUGUUCGUGAUUUUGGUGCGAGUCAAGGAUAUGUGGUGACCAUCAAGAAAUCGAGGAAAGACAGAAGAGUCAUACUUGGUUGUGAUAGAGGAGGUGUUUAUCGCAAUAGGCGUAAAAUUGAUGAAAGCAAGCGAAAAAGGAAAGCAAGUUCUCGCCUUAUAAAUUGUCCUUUUGAAGCCAUUGGGAAAAAGGAAGAUGAUUUAUGGGUACUUACUGUUAAAAAUGGGGAACACAACCAUGAAGCGUUGAAGGACAUGUCAGAGCAUCCUUAUAGUCGUCGUUUUACUGAGGAUGAGGUCAGGCAAAUCAAGCAAAUGACUGAAGCUGGUGUAAAACCACGCCAAGUUCUUAAGGCCCUCAAGCAAAUCAAUCCUGAACUGCAGUCAACACCAAGGCAUUUGUAUAACCUCAAAGCCAAGAUACGUCAGGGAAAUCUAUCAGAAAAAAGUUUCAAGUCAUGGAGACCUGACCGAUCUGCUCUGGUGAGUACAAUUGCUACUGCCAGUGGGGAGUCGUUAAAGCAAAACAACCAACCGCUGAAGGUUCCAAAUUUUAUUGGAGGGAAGUUCAUUGAUUCACAAGGGUGUUCAGUCAUUGAUGUUUUAAAUCCAGCAACACAAGAGGUUGUUUCUCAUGUUCCUUUAACUACCUAUGAAGAGUUCAAAGCUGCAGUUAGUUCAGCCAAGCAGGCUUUCCCAUCAUGGAAAAACACUCCUAUUACCACUCGUCAGCGUAUCAUGUUUAAGCUUCAGGAGCUCAUCCGGAGAGAUAUUGACAAGCUUGCCAUGAAUAUCACCAUAGAACAGGGUAAGACAUUGAAGGGAGCCGAGAGCGAUGUUCUCCGUGGCUUAGAGGUCGUUGAACAUGCUUGUGGAAUGGCAACUCUACAAAUUGGGGAGUUUGUUCCUAAUGCGUCCAAUGGCAUUGACACAUACUGCAUUAGGGAACCGCUAGGUGUUUGUGCUGGGAUAUGCCCCUUCAACUUUCCAGCAAUGAUUCCCUUGUGGAUGUUUCCAAUAGCAGUUACAUGUGGCAAUACAUUUGUUCUUAAGCCAUGUGAGAAAAAUCCAGGGGCAUCAAUGAUACUUGCAGCACUUGCAAAGGAGGCUGGUUUGCCUGAUGGUGUCUUAAAUAUUGUUCAUGGCACCCAUGAUACUAUUAAUUAUAUCUGUGAUGAUGAUGACAUAAAAGCUGUAUCACUUGUUGGCCCAAAUACAGCUGGGAUGCACAUACAUGCAAGGGCAGUUGCUGGGGGAAAACGUGUUCAGUCCAGUAUUGGGGGAAAAAAUCAUGCAAUAAUCAUGCCCGAUGCUAGCAUGGAUGCUACCUUGAAUUCUCUGGUUACUGCUGGCUUUGGUGCUGCAGGACAAAGGUGUAUGGCUCUCAACACAGCUGUUUUUAUUGGAGGCUCCAGGCCAUGGGAAGGCGAACUUGUGGAUCGUGCCAAAGCCCUUAAAGUGAAUGUUGGAACAGAACCUAGUGCAGACCUUGGUCCAGUUAUUACAAAAGAGGUGAAGGAUUCAAUUUGCAGAUUAGUUCAGACCAGUGUCGAAAGCGGCACUAGACUUAUUCUUGAUGGGAGGAAUGUUACGGUUCCUGGAUAUGAGAAUGGAAAUUUUAUUGGUCCUACGAUCUUAUGUGAUGUUACAACCAACAUGGAUUGCUUUAAGGAAGAAAUUUUUGGACCGGUUCUUCUUUGCAUGCAGGCUGCCAGCCUAGAAGAGGCCAUAUCCAUCGUAAACAGAAACAGGUUUGGUAAUGGAGCUUCCAUAUUCACAACAUCUGGCAUCGCUGCAAGGAAGUUCCAGAAUGAAGUUGAGGCGGGGCUGGUUGGAAUCAACGUCCCUGUUCCGAUUCCUUUACCAUUUUCCUCAUCUAAUGGAUCAAAGGCAUCUUUUGGUAGCAAUCUCAAUUUUUCUGGUAAGGCAGGUGUGCAGUUUUACACCCAGAUCAAGACGGUUGCACAACAGUGGAAGGAUUUACCUAGCCUGGAAGUGUCGCUGGGUCGGCCUCCAUCAUCUGAGACAGAGAUGACAGGUAGAGGCAUGUCUUCGGGUUUGCCUUCAACAUCUGAGAGAGAUUCACCUAGCCAAAGAGUGUCAGCAGACAUGCACUCAGAAUCCGAGAGUGAUUCACCAAGCCAUGGAGCUCCACUGCCGAUCACUCCCACGUCUGAGGCAGAUCGACCUAACCCAGGAGUCUCAUCAGUGUCAACAACCUAUAGGAAUUUGUCUAGUCAGGGAAUGCCCCUCGUCAUCCCAGCAACGUCUGAGAGAGAUCUAUCCAGUGCAGAUAUCUCGCUGGCUCUGCUUCCAGAAUCAGAAAGAGAAAUACCAAGUCAAGUUGUGUCACUGAGACCUUCCCAGUCCUCAGAGAGGAUGUAUAUGCCGCAAAUGUCUCAUUGGAUGGAAACCUCAACAUCUCAAAGGACUGAAAAUUUGCCUCAGACUUCUCAUUGGAUGGAAACCUCAAGAUCAACGGCUUUAAGGACUGAAAAUUUGCCUCCAACUUCUCAUUGGAUGGAAACCUCAACCCCAACAUCUCAAAGAACUGAAAAUAUUCCACCAAGUUCUGAGAGAAAUCAUGUGCCUACGUCUCAGAGGAAUGGCAGCACGGCACUAACAUCUCAAAGGAUUGAUACUACUAUGGGAUUGACUUCUGAGAGGGCAUAUGUGCCGACCUCUCAUGACAACAUGGUUCCAGUAUCACACAGAAAUGACGGGAUAAGCCUCACAUCUCAAAGGAUUGACACAACCCUACAUCCAACAUCUGAGAGGGUAUACAUGCUGGCAGGAUCUCACCUGAAUGAGAACACCAUUUUUUCAACAUCCGAGAGGCUAUACAUGCCUGAAACAUCUCAUUGGCAUGACCAUAUGGGUUCAACAUCUCAGAGAACUGAAAGUGCUCUACAUCCAAAUUCAGAGAGGAUAUACAUGUCAAUAGCAUCUCAAAGGAAUGACGACUUGGCUGCAGCUUCUCACUGUGCUUCUGAUGCUGUUCCAUCCAGCUCAGAAAGAUUAUAUACGUCUCCAUUAGUUCAGAGAAAUGCUGGUAUACGAUCAAUUCCUGGUGCACCUCAGAGGAUGUUUCCUCACAACUCGAUAGCUUCAAUGGAUGAAUUUCCCAGCCAAGGAGCAUCACUGACUUUACCACCGUCUCAGAGGAUAUAGGAUAGAAUGCUCCUCUUCAUUUUAAAGUGAGAGUAAAGGCACUGGCGGCGGCCGUGGCCGCGCCCUGGAGGAGAAAUAAAGGGUGAGCGCCGGGAAUAUUAAAGCAAAGAAACUAUGAAUCUGGGGUUGCUAUCGUUGGAGUAGCACGACUAACUUUACCAAAUCUUAUUUACCAGGUUCACUGGCUGUUAUAAGAAAAGUUUUAGUAUUUUACGAGAAUGAAUGGCUAAGAUUGAAA